UUCACUUAGCGGCGGAAUUUCAGAGUCGUCGACAGUCCCUCGACAAAUUGGUAUUGGUCGCCAUUGGAAACCAGAGAGCUCAAAAGCCUAAAUAAGGAAAUAAACGGAAAAUAUAUCGUCUAUUUAUUUUCCGGAGAUUCCAGCCACACAGUCACAGUGAGUAGUUCUCGACGAAAUCAGCGCCGUUUCUCUGAAAGAGUUGGGGUGUUUUUUUUUCGCGCUUUAGCCAAUCAGAUUUAGGUGCGUAUUAUACCUAUUUAUAGAGAGAGAAAUAGAGCGACUUUUGGGAUCAAUGGGGUUUGUUUGUGGUCCCAUUCACGGGAAGCUACAGUAGGGGAUUGAGUGACUGUGACUGCAUUGUAGAGAGAGGGGUUGAGGGAGGGAGAGAUGGAAGAGGAUAUGGACAUGGAAGUAGAGGCGGAGAUGGUGUUCGAGGCGCGUGAGAUUGACCUCGAUUACGAAUUCGAAGCGCCUCGGUUCUUCGAUUUCACUCGCGAGGAGUCGCUUCCGGAGGCUCGUGAGGUCAAGCGCUGGUUCGAGUCUGCCAAGAGUUAUCCGCCAUCUCCCUUUGUUGCCAAAUUGGUACUAAGAGAAGACAAUCUACUGGAAAAUGUGAUCACUUCUCCAAAAUGCAAAGAUGCUGAAUUUGCUGAUUCUUACCACAAUCGUGAUUCCAAUGAUAACGUGGGCACAGAACCUUCUGCUGUACAUAUAGAGAGCCGAGACUGUGACGGAACGGACAGAGGGGUCCUCAUCGAUGUAAAGAACUGCAAUCUUCAUAAAGUUUUUAGUCAGCCAUCAAAAUUAGCCACAGGAUUGACAUUUAAUAAUGAUACAUUGAUUAAUAAACUAAAAGGUAAAAUGAAAUCUUCUGUCAAGCCAAUUUGUCCGAGGGGCUCAACUUUAAUGAAACCAACAGCAAGUCAGUUGGCAAAGCAAAAUCGGCCUCCCCAAGUUGGUGACUCCAGAUAUCAGACAAACCUGUUCCAGAAUGAGAGAAGCUCGUAUAACUCUUCAGUUGUUGAAAGUCAAGCUGCCAAGAGGCAGAAACUUGAGGGAGGUAACUUGCGUAAGGUAGCUGAUGUAAAGCAGCAAACUGAUUUGGUACACAAGGUGCCUAAGAAGGAUGGAACCAUUGAUAACAGUUCUGUUCAUGCUAAGCUCAAGCUUACUGUUCCAAGAGAACCAGACCUUGAAACAGCACACAGGGCUCAAAGGAUGAGGCCAAAGAAAAACGCAGAUCCAGAACAGGUCAAGUUUGCUCCGCCAAGAUUCAAAGCACGACCGUUUAACGGAAAAAUUUUUGAGGCUCCUUCAUUACCUCUCCCAAAGAAAAGUACUCCAAGGUUGCCGGAGUUUCAGGAAUUUCACUUGAAGACAUUAGAGAGGGCCAAGCAAAAUACUUCUACUGUUUCUUCUAAUUCUUUUUGUUGCAGUGAUGCUGAUAAGUGUCUUGACAAACCAAGCAAUGCUUGUGUUCCUGACAAGGGGAAGAGAGAGUUUAUGAGAAUGGGGCAGAAUGAAUCUGGUGCUGUGCACCAAUUUAAAGCUCGAUCUCUUAAUAAGAAGAUAUUCUCAAGUAAAGGUGAUCUUGGUGUUUUCAGAAACAGCAAAAGGGAAACCACUGUGCCGAUGGAUUUCAAUUUUCAUAUAGAGAAAAGGAUUCAUCACCAUCCACCCGUAGAACUUUUCAGUAAGCUCUCCUUGACAUCCGAACUCCAGACACAUAAUGGAUCUCAGUUGAAAUUGGCUCGACCAAGCCCUACAUAUACACAGGGCUCAAAAGAGAAUAGAUUGAAUCCUUUGCAAGCAGGACAUGAGAAAAUAAAUGUGAAAGAAAAACCCUCUCUCUUCACCUCUCUCUUCACUGUAAGGCAGGCUCAAUAUGGGAGUGUUGCACCUAUUACUGAAGCUGGAAACCAUUUGCGCAUGAGGAACUUGGGUAUCCGCUAAGGGUAAUGGAGGACCAAUAUGCCGAUAUACAGUGCUGAUACUUCUAUCAGUUUCCAGUAGCUUGUAGUGUUGGAUGGGAGAUUCACAAAAUGAAUACUCGUUUACUGUGGAGAAAGACGUCAAAGAUGAUUGAGUUCUUUAUACAUACUUUUUGGAUGUUCACGUCAUAUUGACAACGCAUUUUGUUUAACUUCUGAAGCAUCAGCCUCAGAAAUCCACGUAAAGCUUAGUUUUGUGAUACUGAUAAGUUUUAGUCAAGACCACAAGGCCAAUGUUGUACAGCCAUUAGGCCCUUCUCACCACACUCGUACUCUUUAACUCUGUCGCAUGAAAAACCACAUGUAAUGGUACUCAAUAAGAAAUAGAUAGAAAUCAUGUUUCUUUGGAAGUUCUAUGGGUUGAGGAAUGGUA